CAGAGGAUGGUCAAGUUGUGUCGAUGAGCUCAGCAUAUUGGCGCUUUGAUCAUGGGACCACGUGAAACAUCAUCAUUAUCAAAUAUUGCCAGAAGCUCAACCCGCCGGUGAGCCAUAGCUAGACUAGCAAUCCUUCAAGGUCAAACAACACUUCUGGCUGGUUUAGGUAGCGACAUUUUCCACUGGGGUCCCUUGUUAUCUGCACCCUUGGAGCCCAGACAGACGCGUAGACGAGUAUCAUCGCGUCCCAAUUCUGCCAUUUUCGAGGUUACAACGGCAUGCGCCUCGUGGGCAUGAGGAGUGGAGCUUUUCUGCCCAUGUUACGCUGCGGUCAUGAUUCUGUGAGCAUGAGCUUACGGACCGACCACCUGAACGGAGAGGAUGAGAGGUUGAUGCAUAUCAGACCUACAUACUAAUCUUCAGAGCAUCGUUCACAGCCUCCAUAUUGAAUGUAUUUUUAAGUCUGCGACUCUCGAGGAUCCAGUUCAGAUUUUGAAACAUCAGUCCACCAUGAGUGGGAGACUGAUCUCAGCUGAGUUCCCAACGAUUCGUCCAGGCCUUCUUUGAUGUAGGCGUGGUUGCAACUUGCAAGCGCAUCCCCCAGUCACCACAAAGCACAUCCAUAUGACUACAGGCAGACAUAAAUUUAAUCUGGACGUCCUAAAUUGUGGGAACUGGGUGCUGUCGAGUACUUGAGCAUGGGCAUUGUGUUAUACGGAACAUGGUCGGACUCGAAACAGUGAAGUCAGAUGAAAAGUUCUAUUGCGCGUGUCUUUUAGUUCUCAUAAUUACACCUUCUACCACCCACAUCCGCUUCACUGUUCCUUCACUUGGAACAAUUCAGUACGAGGCUAUUUUAUAUCGCAGGUUUCAAAUCUCAGGGCUCACUUUCGCCCAAGCCCCUCAUCCAAACUGAGUUUCUAGAGAUAAGAUGCCCAGUGACAAUUCACGAUCACCGUCCUUCGCUUUGGCAAGCACGACUGUAGCCCAAGCAUCCAGUUCAGAGAAUAUAGUCUGGACAUCGAGACGAGCAUCCUCAACUGUGGUCGGGCGAAUUGACUCAGGUCAAGACGGGAAACUGCAAGGGCGCAGUCAUUAACCUCUAACUUUUUAUAACGCUCACCAAAACGAAAUCGUUGACCACAUUUCCCAUGAUUGGUUGACUUCCGAGGUUUGACUCGACAGCAGAUCAUGCGUAGGGAACGUGGUGGGCGGGGUGGGGGGCUUCAACAGAAGAUCCUCGACAAAUCGAGAAAGAGAGGUUGAGCUUCAGAGCUCGACGAUGCGCACACUGCCGAGUCGAGGUGAAGCUGUUGCUGGAGGUGGUGCAUGGGGUCACUUCUUUUCAAAGCAUUGUUUGCAGCUCUGCCAGCGAAAGGUACAACUGGCAUUGUUGUCAAAAGGAGCGUGCCUGGCUCAGGGAUGGAGUUGGUGCUGGUGCUGGUGCUGCUUCGCCACAUGUUCAGGGCGAUGUGAGAACAGGCUCGGUGGUCCCGCAGCCUUUGUCGCCGGUUACCAAGUGAUGGGGAAGGUGGCCAGCGAAGAGGACCAAUGUGCUUGUAGCGUGAGGAGACAUCAUCCCGUGAAGAUCUGCACUCACCUGCUUGUGAGGUGCCAUCUCGUCACAGUGAGUGCCACUGGAUUCUCGAUGUUCGGCUACUGUUAAAGUAAAGUUUAGGAGAAGGGAGGAACGCACAUCAGUCAGUACUUGCACAUGCAUUGAGCUGUCGGAUGGACAAGGUUGCAGAGAAUGUGAGCUGAUCAGCUGUGAUAAAUCCAUGAAUCUCUUCCGCAAUUUUUUGCUUGAUGUUUCCAGGAAUUUUGGUUACAGCUUCUGUAUGAAUGCAAUUUUUAUCUCUUUUCAAAACGCGAUGGGAAUUCGUCCACUAGAUCCGUCGGACCCUCUGUACACCAAUAAUUUCAGUGGUUUCAGCUAGGUCCGAGUCUUGCAAUCAUUGUUAUUCAAGCCGACGCUGUGACCUGUACAUUCUUCGCACAGUUUACCGUGCAAGCCUUUGAUUCUCGUGCACGUGAGCAACAUAAUCGGAUCCUUCUGGAACGGAUCCAGAGAAUUCGGCUUCCAUGUACACACUCAUACAAGAUAGCCCAGUCUUGAUCGACUUGUGCGUGCUCUCACAACCCAACAAACGAAUUUCUGGACGAUGACAGAUUCAAUGUUCUCAUUGUGAUUCUCUCGCGCGACCCAAGUACCUGGGCUACAGCCUUUUCGUAAAUCA